CCAAGCCUGCACAAUAAUUUACUAGAUCCACUUCAACAUUCUCAGGUUCUGAACCACAUUUCUUUUUUAAGAACAUCCCCAAAAGGAUAAUUUGCUGUUUUCAGCUAUUUUUCCCCCCAAGAUUUCGGUCUCUCUCUCUCUCUCUCUCUCUCUCUCUCUCUCUCACACACACACACACACACACACAGGAAAAUGACAGUGUGAGUAAGAAAAGGUAAUCUCAUGGAAAAAUCUGCGGUUAAGAGUUCUGAACCUCUUAUUGGUAUGCCUGAAGCAGCUUUUAUUUUCUCUUUCUGUCUUGCCUGUACCUUCUUCACUCUUUUUGGUGAUCAACAAGCAAUAACACAGGACAUCCACUGGAGGGAGACGCAGGACUUAGAUUCCAUUAACCAAGAGCCGCUAGUUUGAAGGGCACUGCCAACUGCUGUUAACUCCUAGUGAGUCAGUUACUCUUGUAAUUCGCCCUCCCUUUCUAUAAUCACCCCACCCUCUGUGCUAACACUCUUAAAGAACUGUCAACCCACGCUGCUCUCUCUCAUCAGAGCUGUAGCACGCUUUCCAGUGACUACAGUUUCACGCGCACAGUCAUUCGCUCACAGACGCGCGCGCAAUGGGUGCGCUGAAUAUUUUAGCGCGUAUUAAUACAUAACCUUAAAAUAUACUCUUAGUGCAAUAUCGUGAAUAAGUAGUUUUAAAUUGAUUUAGAAACCUAUACUCCUAGCAGUUUUCGAGGGUCAGCGGAUUUACAGAAAAUGAAUGCAAAUCAGAUCCCGUUUUGGGAAUGUUCAAGAGCCCCAGACAAUUCCAGCUUGAACACCUCUGCGUUUGAAGUUAACGCGACCUGUAGCAACGCGUCAAUAAUUCAGAAGUUCCAACCCACACGACCAAAAGAAAUGGACUCACUGAGGAUUAUCCUUUACUCACUUGUCUUUCUUCUGAGUGUUUUUGGGAAUCUUCUGAUCAUUGUGGUCCUAAUAGUAAACAAGAGAAUGCGGACCGUCACCAACUCCUUCCUGCUCUCGCUGGCUAUUAGUGAUGUCAUGAUGGCCAUCUUCUGCAUGCCCUUUAAUCUCAUUCCCAGCCUGCUGGAGGACUUCAUCUUUGGCUCUGCGAUGUGCAAGACAGUCGCCUAUUUCAUGGGUAUAUCUGUCAGCAUCUCCACCUUCAGUCUGGUGGCCAUUGCCAUUGAAAGAUACAGCGCCAUCUGCAACCCGCUGAAGUCCAGGGCAUGGCAGACCCGUUCUCAUGCCUACAAGGUCAUUGCUGCCACAUGGAUAGUCUCUGUGGGUAUCAUGGUGCCCUAUCCUGUGUUUAGUGUACUGGUGCCAUUCAACAAGCCAGACAACAUCACAGCUCACAUGUGCAGGCUUGAUUGGCCCAUCAGUCAGGUGGAACAGACUUGGUACGUCCUGUUGCUCUUCAUUCUGUUCUUCAUCCCAGGUGUGGUGAUGAUAAUUGCCUAUGGUCUCAUAUCCAGAGAACUUUAUAGAGGGAUUCAGUUUGAACUGGAGCAGAAGAAAGACUCUAGUGGCGUAAAGAAUGGGUUGAACAGCGCACAGUCUUCUGGCCAUGAUGAGAGUGAUGGAUGUUAUAUCCAGGUCCCAAAGAAGCCCCCUGCUAUGGAACUUUCUGCUCUGACCACCUCUGGCACUGUAAAAGCGGACCGUCCACGGAGCAACACCUCAGAGGCAAAGCUCAUUGCCAAGAAACGAGUGAUCCGUAUGCUGAUCAUUAUAGUUGCCAUGUUCUUUGUAUGCUGGAUGCCUCUAUACUCUGCCAACACCUGGAAGGCUUUCGACCAAAAGUCAGCUCAGAGCGCACUUUCUGGAGCCCCCAUCUCCUUCAUUCAACUGCUGUCCUACACCUCAGCCUGUGUCAAUCCCAUCAUCUACUGCUUCAUGAACACCCGCUUUCGCAAGGCUCUCUUGGCCACCUUUGGGUGUUGCAGGCGGCCAUGCAAGAACAGGAAGAAGAGGAGGGAAGGUGAUGAUGAGAUCACAGGAGUCACAGGGGCAUCCAUAACAAGGUUCAAUUAUACCACCGUUAGCACGGUAGGACCGUGUUAGCAUUAGCAUUGCAGGUGUCUCCAGUUUGAUCCAUGAGCUGUGUACUUGUGAUAUGUACUACUUGUUUAAGAGUUCAGAUCACCAGAUGUGUUCUUCUUUUUCAUGGUGGCAACAUGCUUUGUUCAAUGUGUCAGUUUUCGUUUUUUAUUUGGAAAAGAAUACCUCAUUUGUCUGUUCUUUCUGUGGCAAACUGUCGUUCUAUGGUUGUGUCUUCAAUUUAUAUAAUUGUGAUAAAAUCAAAAGGUGCGGUACACGUGAUGUGCAAAGAUGUAGCUUUAUUUUUAUUGUUUAAGAUCUUUGGAGAACUUUUCAGAGGAUGAUCUUAUCCUGCAAAGGAAGUGUACAUAGGCAAAUAGCAUAGAAAUAUUCCUUGUAUCUUCGAUGUUAUGGAACCAAAUAUUGCAUGUUGCAUGAUCAAACAAAAGACUAUAUACUGUACUUAUAGAAAGCUGCUUUCUGUCUACAAAAUGGUAUGUUUUAUUGUCUAUUUUGAGUGUUGUAAUGUAGCAUCUGUAUUUUGUUCUCUGUUUUAUUAAAAUGCUAUAAUGGCAUAUUUAUCGUAAUGAGCUUUGCUUAAAUAGCACCACUGAGAGUCCUUCUUUUGUAUAAUCUUUUUGUAGGAGAUUUGUAGGAGACAAUGUUUAAUUUGUGCUCCUCUUUUUCUGAUGUAAAUCUCUUACAAGUUAUACUACAUGAAGAUGUAUCAGGUGGGGAAGGCAAUUCAGUCUUCAAUGGAAUCAACAGUCUCUUGGAAACCUUCACCUCAUUUGAAGUGAUGCCAUGGUCAGUACUGCCAAGCUGCAUGACAGGUUGGAAAUUGCAAUGCCCUGGCACUAGAGAUGCGAAAGGAAAAUAAUAAACUGUAGCGGGAAGUUUGAUGUG